AUGGCUGUCAGCAUGCCCACCGACGAGGAAACUCUCACUGCCUUUGUACCUUCCGAUGAGUUUACGAAGGAGGUCGAGGAGUACAUUCGCAAUCACCCUGUGACACUUGCUUUGCGCCAAAACCCGGCUUACACCGAGUCGCGACCACAUUUGAAGAUCCCGCAAGAGUUGCGCGCGCGUCAUCUAACGGCCGGUAUCCUUGCGACCCCAGGCGGAAUUGUGGUGCCGCCUUAUGUUUUCUGCGAGGAGGGCGGAAAGAGCCUGACCGCCAUCUUUUACCUUGGCUCCGAUGUCUCCGGUCAUCCUGGCAUUGUCCACGGGGGUCUUUUGGCCACGCUGCUGGAUGAGUCCAUGGCCAGGUGCUGCUUCCCCGCGUUGCCAAACAAAGUGGGUGUGACGGCCAAUCUGAACAUUGACUACCGGCGCCCGGCGAUGGCCAACAACUAUGCUAUCUUAAAGGCGAAGACGGUCAAGGUGGAGGGCCGGAAGGCUUGGGUUGAGGCGCACAUUGAAACUCUUCCUGAGGAUGGUAAAGAGCCAGUGAUACUGGUGGAAGCAAAGGCUCUGUUUAUUGAACCCAAGCAAGCUGCGGCCAUGGCGAGUCUGUACAAAGUUACCAACUAG